AUGGCUGUCGAAGGUCUCAAGGCGUUUGAGAAGAUUCUCAUCUCGGCUGGAAACAAGGUCGACUUCCCCGCGAUCGGUGCCAUGAUCGAGAUGCACUACACCGGCUGUCUGUAUGACCCGAAGGCUCCCAACAACAUGGGCACAAAGUUUGACAGCUCCUACGACCGCGGUACUCCUCUUGCUAGCAAGAUCGGCGUUGGACGCCUCAUUAAAGGUUGGGACGUUGGCGUUCCCCAGAUGAGCCUGGGCGAGAAGGCCUUCCUGCAAAUCCCCUACGACAUGGCCUACGGCGAGCGCCAGGUUGAGCUCGUCAGCAUCGGUGGAAAGCGUGCUUAG